AUGAAGACAUUGGACAACCGAACCGUCCCUACUCCAUACAUGAAGAUACUUCGUGAGUUGUAUAGCAAAUUCACAACCGAAAUUUCCCCAUUCUACAAUAUCAUAAUGGAAGUGAAGAGUAGGGUCCGUCACGGUAACACAAUUUCACCUAAAAUACUCAGUGCUACUCUCGAGAACGCGAUGCGAGGAUUGGAAUGGGAUAACAUGGGAGUGAAAGUUAACGCCCCGUAUUUACACCAUCUCCGUUACGCUGAUGACAUCGCUCUGGUAGCACCAAGCAUCAAUCAGGCGGAACAAAUGCUGGCUGAAUUUGAUGAAACGUGUAAAAAUAUCGGUCUUCAACUGAACCUAAACAAGAAGAUGUUUAUGACGAACGGACGAGUGUAA